AUGAAUUUCGUGUCAAUCAAUUUGAGUGAUAUCAGCUCAAAUAAUAGUAUUAGUCCAGCAUUGUUACGAGCACCUGCGCAAUUAAAUAUUUACCUUGGCAUCUUUAUUUUUAUAACAGGUAAUAUUAGUACUAUCGGGAACUUUCUCGUAUUUAGUUCUCGAUUAUUUCGUUGUCGAGCAUGUUCGAACUAUUUAAUAGUCGAGCCAUUUUUCACACUGUUAUAUUUCAAUUUUGUGCUAGUCACACGUGUUAUUCAAAAAGGUUUCCUACUGCCUAUUAUCGAUCGUUAUGAUGCUAUUUGUAAAAUACGCCAGUUUCUUUCGGAAUAUACCCAUCAAGUUGCAUUCACGUUAUUUGCAUUGGCAACAGUCGACCGAUUCCUAUCAACUCAUCAUUCUAACUCCUAUCGAAUGUGGAGUAAUCGAUUUUCUCUCACAUAUAAACUGAUCCCAGCAGUUAUAAUCUUUUGGUUUCUAUGCACAUUCCAUCGAUUAAUCUUUUAUAGCAACAGUACUGGAAGUUGUGGACCAUUAUCAGCAGGUAUUUAUGUGCCUUUUGAUGCCUACUUCGAAGUAAUUAUGUCGGGAGUUGUACCACCGGUUCUGUUCAUAACACUUGGCUGUUUGCUUCUUCGAAAUGUUCGAAUUGUUGCUCGUAGACGAGUAGCAGUUGCCGGUGUUCCACCAACCACGAGUACAAAAAAUUCGUUACAAAUUCAACAAAUUGAUUCUCAACUAUCAGUUAUGAUAACCUUACAAUCAUUUGUUGCAGUACCUUCUUUCCUUCCGUUCGGAGCCCAAAAUCUCUAUUCAAGCAUCACUCGCUCCUGGCCGAGAUCACCAUUAUAUGCAGCGUGGGAAAAUAUUAUUAUUGAGACGAUACGUCUUUUUUCUUAUUUAUUCUACAGUACAAGUUUUUACGUAUGUUUGAUCUCGAGUCGAGGCUUCCGGAAACAAGCAUUGGAUUCUUUUGGCAUCAGACGAUACAAAAAAACGUUCGUUGCUCAAACAAAUGCUACCAAUUAA